GCCCGCGGCGCACCGCUGGCAUGGUGAGCGGCCACGGCGCCUGACGCCGCGCCGAGCACCGCGCGAGCGAGAAGCCGGCUGACGCACCCGACACGGCUGUAUGAUUGCUGGAUCGUUCAGAACCUUCUGGGACCGAUCGUUGAGAGGCUGAGGCGGGCAGGCGCCUGAUGUUCGGCUCUAAUUGUCACAACUAGCCAUGCUGCACACCGGCACCGUCAAGGUCAGCAUCGGCAAGGCGUCACCGUGGCCGAUGAAGCUGACGCUCAACAUCGACACAGUCACGCUGCAGAAGGAGCUGGACGACGACGGCGAGAACGACGUCGACUCUCAGACCCGUGUUGUGCAGCUGGAGAAGGGCGCCUGCAGCGGGCUGGGCAUCAGUAUCAAGGGCGGCCGGGAGCAUCAUCUGCCAGUGCUCAUAUCACGCCUGCUCCGGGGGCAGCCGGCCGAGCAGAGCGGCCAGCUCUUCAUCGGAGACGCCAUCCUCAAAGUUGACGGCACCUCCCUACUGAAAGCCAGCCACGACGAAGCGGUGAACGUGUUGAAGAACACGGGAGCCACUGUGAGGCUAGUCAUCAAACACUAUCAAGUGGCCACGCAGUUCCUGAAGAGAAGCAACUUGAACCGGCGCACGUCGGAUUCGUCGAUCACGACGUACUUGAAGGCCGACGACGGCUGGAGAACACCAACAACGCCCGACAGCAAGUCACUCAACGGGUUCGAGCUGGACGACAACCUUAACUCGCCCAAGUGGAAAACAGUCGUGCAGAUCCCGCUGCUGAUGGCCUACAUCACACGCUACGUGCCCGGCACCGACAAGCUGCGACAGAACGCGUUCGAGGUGCGCAGCAUGGACGGCCUCAGCUCGGGUGUGAUCCACUGCGACGACCUGCUUGCACUCUCUCAGUGGACCAAACACGUGACCAACAACAUCCUGGGCCUCACCAACCUACAGAUGAAGCUGUACAACCGAGACCUGCCGGCGGCCGAGCACAUCACCUUCAUGGGCUGGGUUUGCGAGGGCUACCUGAGCCCCAGCCAGACGGGCCAGGAGUGGGCCGUCCGUUUCCUGGCGCUGCGGGGCUCCGAGCUCUACAUCUUCGACAAGCCGCCGCGUGACCAGCAGGACUGGCUCAAGUGUCCCGGCGUCCACUCGGUGUACCAGACCAUGUUCCGGGUCAUUCGCGAAUCGGAGAAUGUUGACGAGAAACAGCACUGCUUCCUUAUCCAAACCACUGCUGGUACUUCCCAUUACCUGAGCGUGGAGACGCGCCAAGAGCUCCUCAGGAUCGAGUCGGCCUGGCUGCGCUGCGUCCACCAGGCCGUCGCCCGACUCGGGAGCAAGACGUUUCGAGUCAAGUGCGACGGCCACGACUCCAGCCUGACGCUCGAUUGGACGUUGGGCUUCGCGCUGUACGACACAGAGACCAAGAUGUUCUGCUGGAAGUACAAGUUCUCCCAGCUGAAGGGCAGCUCGGACGAUGGCAAGUCACGACUGCGGCUGGAUUUCAUCUCGGCCGACGGUACCGAGCUCCACACGAGGGAGCUCGAGUGCACAGCGUUGCAGCCGCUGCUGUUCUGCAUGCACGCCUUCCUCACGGCCAAGGUGGCCGCCGUCGACCCGUCCUUCCUGCGGCACCACACGUGACCGGGUCAAGUGCACAGACGAUGCUGCUGCGGACGACAGGUGUGGCGGUCACGAGGGGCCGUCGCACCUGGUCACCGCCGGCACUGGCGCGCGCGGCGCGGCC